CAUGAGUGCUAAAACUUUGACAGUUCUUGUUUUUCUGCGACAUUAGAAACGUGUUUUUGAGUUUGAUUACAUAUUUUGAUCCAUCAGUGCGAAUGAAUAGUCCGGGAGAUUAUUGAUUCGAACCAACAAGAUGAAAACGUUCUUCAAACCCGACUACACCGAUGACGAAGACGAUGUCGUUGAAGUCAAUCUCGACGCGGUCGGAGACAAUGACGAAUUGAUCACAUUUCAAAUCGAACCGGAUGAUUCGGACAGCGAUUCGGAGGUGGUGUUUGAUGCCACCGCCGAAACAAACAGCGACAACGAUUCGGACAUGGACUCGGACUCGACAACCGAAGACGACACGGCCACAAAUAAUACCGACAGAAAUGCAGCUGCAGGCCGGUCGGAUAUGCGAAGUCCACAACAUCCGGAUGUGAACGAAGAGGAAGAUGACGUUGUGCAGGCCAUCAUUGCGGCCACGAAAACAGUGCGAGCCCAUCCACCGGAUAUCGUUACCGAGGAAUUUAUCGUCGAUUUGUCAUUUCAUCCCAAUGAAGAUCUGUUGGCGGUGGGAACGAUAACCGGUGAUGUGAUUGUUUAUAAGUACAGUAACGAGGAGAAUCAGCUGAUGAGUAGCAUUGAAGUGCAUGCAAAGGCUGUGCGCGACAUUGAAUUCAAUUGGGACGGAAGUACGCUAUUUUCGGUGUCCAAAGACAAAUCGAUUAUGAUGUCGGAUGUGACUACCGGAAAGUUGAAAAGAUUUUACGAUAAUUCGCACGAGGCGCCCAUCUACAAAAUGCACAUAAUUUGCGAGAAUCUGUUUGCGACAGGCGAUGAUGACGGUACCGUUAAAGUUUGGGAUCUGCGCGAAAGGGAGAGCAAACCAAUAUUUUCCUUGAAGGAGGUAGACGAUUACAUCUCUGACAUGCUAACAAAUGAAGCCAAGAAAAUUCUACUCACUACGAGUGGAGACGGUCUGUUGACUGCUAUCAAUAUUGGUGCUCGUAAGCGAUAUGUUCAGUCGGAACCAUACGACGAAGAGCUGACAUGUAUGGGCCUGUUCCGCAGAGAAUCGAAAUUAGUUGUAGGUUCAUCCAAAGGUCGUCUGUACACAUUCAAUUGGGAUGAAUUCGGUUUGCAUAGUAACAUGUUCCCUGGACCGAAGUCACCAAUGAGUCUAAUGGUGCCGAUAACUGAACGCAUUGCAGUCGUCGGCGGUGAAGAAGGUAUUUUGCGUGCUAUGCACGUGGUCCCCGGUCGAAAUCUCGGCAUCGUUGGUCAACAUUCGCUUGGCGUCGAGGCAAUGGACAUAUCUAGCAGUGGCGAAUUGAUUGCGUCUAGUUCACAUGACAAUGACAUCAAAUUCUGGAAUAUCAAAUAUUUCGAGGAUUUCGACGAUAUGAAAUACAAUGAAAAGCAUAAUAAGGUAAAGGAACAGCGUCACAAUUUACCGUCAUCGAAGUACUCAAAUGCUGGGGAAUUUUUCGCUGAUUUAGCAUAAGUAUGUUGGAGUGGCAAUGUUAGCUUUUAAUUCAUCGGAAAUAAAAUCAAAUGAAAAGAAAA